AUGCCUCGUGCGCACAGGUCAACUCGCUAUUCAGGGGGCAAAACUAAAUAUACCAUCGAUCCAUUUGAAAUCGCCGGUCUCAGCGGGGACUCUGAUAUCGGAGAGGCAGGUGGGUCGUCAGCAGUCAAAGUGCUAGACGAGGAUUCAGAAGAAGACUUUCAACAUGCAUCAAAUGAUGAAGAUGCGGAAGAAGAGGAGGACGAGGAGGUGGAGCCGGAAGACGAUGAUGGGCCCGAGUUUGCUGAAGGAGAAGCUAUGGACAUCGAUGGACCGGCAUUUACUCUAACAGGUCGAGGGGAAAAGAACCCAAAUGCAAAGAAAGAGAAAGCUGUGUCUCAACCAGACACCAAGAAAAAACAACUAAGUGGGCCUAAACCGGACGAGACGCGUUCCCGAGGCAUUUUAAACACAUCCGAUCAUGUCGGGAAGUCAGUUCACCUCCAGUUUACCUUUGGAACAGACGAGCGCGACUUGUUAGCUAUAUUGCAUGCGAGGGAGCGGUGGGCGAAAGGAAUCGACUCGGGGUUCCCCAGCCGUGCAUCAUUGAACACAGUCCAAACAGCACCUGAUUACGCUUACGGACCGACAUAUGGGGCCGAUCCUCAAGAUGUACAGAAUGAGAGCACCCGUGGUUGGGACUGGUACUAUGACAGGGAUGUUGGGGAGAAGUUCAGGAAACGGCAAUGGCUAGCCAAAAUCAAAGAAGAUGAAGGCCGUCGCUAUAUACCUCAAUCAAAACCAGGGAAGCAUACUGUGCUCAUGGGGCUGGCUGAUAAUCAGAAGAAGUUUUCAUUGGGACAGUUUGAAUCGAUUAAUUUCGGAGACGCAUGGGGGCCUGCAGAAGCGAAAAGGAAGCGAGAAGGAUGGGUGUUGAACAUGGGCCAAAAGAUUCAGUCCAUGGCUUGGGCACCGAAUCAAAAUGGACUCGUCCAGUAUUUGGCUAUCGCUUCUCACAUCACUGAAGAACAAAAGAGCCAAUACCCUGAUCCUCUAGCAGAUAAAGUGUCACCGGCAUUUCGGCCUUCACCACCAUAUCCGAGCGCAUUGCAGAUCUGGGCUUUCAAAGCCAAGAGAGACGAGUCACUGACAAAAACGCUUGAUAUGGAAUUCAAGCCACGGCUACGACUGGCCUUAUGCACCGACUGGGGAGACCUGCGGCGUAUAGCCUGGUGUCCGUUCCCUCGCGCCAAGCGAGAUGAGGACGAUGAAGAUUUUUUGAAGAACGUUGGGCUUCUGGCAGGCAUAUGGGGAGAUGGAUAUGUAAGGGUCAUUGAUAUCAAAACUAACAGAGAUCCUAACGUUACUGAAUUUCACAAAGUCCUUUCUCCUGCCUUUACAGCCAAACCACCUUCGACAUUGUGUACAUGUGUGGCCUGGCUCUCUCCAACUGACAUCGCUGUUGGUUGUGCGAACGGAUUCGUCGCAAUCUGGAGCAUCCUGUAUUUGCAAGACUCAUCAUCAAACCACCCUCUUCCGUAUUUCUACCAGCAAAUUCACUCGACAUAUAUCCUCAAUAUCACCCCCGCCUAUCCCGCACACCCACAUAUCUUCGGUACCACUUCAAUGGACGGCGAGACUCGCCUAACAUCAUUCCUCGACUCGCAGAAGGACAUGACUGAAACAAACCGCAUGCGAAUGGGUUCACCUCAUAUCUCCUUCUCUCCUUUUCUUCAAUCAUUUGUCUCCAGCGACGAGAAUGACUUUGCUCGACUCAUUACCCUCCGACGAUUUUUCGCGAUUACCUCCAUUGCAAGACUCCCCAGUUCUGUAUCUGCUCUGGCGCCAUGCAGCCCCUGCCAUCCGAGUCUACUAUUUGGAUGCUCAGGAGGAGCAGUGGUCGUGACAAAUCCACUCAGGAGACUCAUGCACUCAAAACAGAAGCAGUGGCAGCAAACAUGGUUCGUGCAUGAUUGGGUUCAAGGCCCGGAGAAGGAGGGUUCUGGUAUUAGUCGGUUCCAGGAUGGGUUCCGCGCGGAGAGCGUGAGUCUUUUACGGAGUAUGGCAGGGGAUUGGAAGAUGGUUAAUGGAACUAUGGUUAUUACUAUACAUGAGGAGGAGACUAAUGUCACAUCUGUAGCGUGGAAUCCUAACCAGGUUUGUGCGGGAUGGGCGAGUGCUGGGAUGGGAUGUGGGUUGAUUCGGGUUGAGGAUGUUGCUUUGUCGUGA